AUGUCAAUUUAGAAAUAGUUUCACCUUUAAUUAUCACAAUCCCCAAGAUCUAUCAAUAAAACAUCCUUGAAAUAUGAUCUUGCCUUACUGGGUUAGAGUGAAAGAUUGAUAAAAUAAACAUAAAUCGCUCCACCAAAACGUUAAAGAAGUAUUAUGAAACAGCAAUUAUUUCUUAAAACUUAAAUAUAAAAUUCUUCAUUAAAUAAGUCAAAUGAAGACUUUCUAUUAAAGAAACAUAAUUAGAAUUAAACAUCCAUUCAAGAAUAAUUAAUUAUGAAAGAUUUGUUAAUAUAAGAGUAUGAAAAAAAAUAUAAGGAUCAGGUAUUUAUAUAUUUAAAAAUUUAGAUUAAUAUUUCCUAACAAUUGACUUGUUAAGUUGAAUAAUAAAAGGAGAUAAUUGAUUAAUUGUAAUUACAAAUUAAUCAUCUAAAACUAUACAAUACUGAUUUAAAAAAAUAGAUUGAUAAUAGUACUUUACACUAAUAAUGUAAUGAGAAAUAACAAGAAUAUAAAUAUUAAUUAAAGAGAUUGGAUGAAAUUCUUAGGUAAACUAUGGAUUAAAAUUAUACUAAUUAAUAAAAAAUUAAGGAUUUUGAGUUAAAGUCUUAAAAACUAAAACUUUAAUCAGUAAAAUACUUAAAUAAUAUUUUAGAAUGAAUUAAAAUAUCAUAUUAUUUGUAAGAAUUGCAAUGCUUAAAUAAAAAAAGCCGUUACUUUGAUUCCCUGUGCACAUACAUUUUGCAGUAAAUGUAUUGGCAAUUUUAAGGGAUAGUGUUUUGUGUGUUUAGAUUAAGUUAUUUUUAUAAUUUUUCUUAGAGCAAAGUGACAGCGACCUACUCUAAUGAUUACAUUACAGAUUUGGCUUAAAUAUAUCAAACCUUAGAGUCUUUAAUAAAUGUAAUAUAAUGA